AUGUCCAAAAAGAAAAGCCUGCCUUCUUCACUGCACAGGUUGUGGAUUUCGGAUGCUCAAGGAAACAACCUUGACUAUCUUCCUGGACCCAGCAAGGUUCUGGGCUGUGGGAGGAGUAACAGGAAGUGCUGUCCCUGGGCUUCAGACUCGGGGCGCUGCAGUCCUUUGGCCGGCGCAGGCAGGCUAACCUCGCUCCUUUGGGUCUGUGUUGCAGGAAUCAUGUACCGCAAGUCGUGUGCGUCGUCGGCAGCCUGCCUCAUCGCCUCGGCUGGGUACCAGUCCUUCUGCUCCCCAGGGAAACUGAACUCGGUGUGCAUCAGCUGCUGCAACACCCCUCUUUGCAACGGGCCCCGGCCCAAGAAAAGGAGCAGUUCUGCCUCGGCCCUUCGGCCAUGGCUUCCCAGCACCAUCUUGCUCCUCAAGAUAGCCCUUUUCUCUGCACACUGCUGAAGACGGAAGGAGAUGUCAGCCCCUCCUGCAUUGUUCUUCUGGCCUGCCCUCCCCUGCUCCCCGAGAUUCUUCUGGGUGUCCUUUUAUUCUGGGUAGGGAGGGGAGUCUGUUCUUUUAGUUCCUUUGGAAACAGAGAGCUCAGUGUAAAAAAAAAA